AUGGCCCGUGACCCCAGCUUGGGAACCCAAACUUUGCAACGCCACUAUAUUGUGGCGGGUACGUGUCGCUUCAAUUCGGACUUGUCCAUCUGUAACAUCAGUGAUUGGGGAAUACUGCCCAAGAAGGAAGAUGCCCUAGCUUUUGCCGUGUGGAAGAUAGGACCGAUUCCCGUCAGCUUGAAUGCGGAGCCGAAAUCAUUCCAGUUGUACCAGUCCGGCAUUUACGACAGCGCCGAUUGUGACAGUUCGAAGUUGAACCACGCCGUGCUGGUGGUGGGUUACACCCCGCAAUAUUGGAUUAUCAAGAAUUGGUGGGGAUCGUGGGGUGAGAAUGGCUAUAUGAGGAUUGUACGUGGAAAGAAUAUGUGUGGCAUCGCAAACUACGCAGCCUAUUGUACUAUAAAGUAGGAAUAAAUUAUUGAUGCAUCUUUAAU